GCAGCCAGAGGACAUACUACGUCUCCGCUACCUAGUCGUUGGGGCCUUGAGGCGCCUCCUCUCUGCGUCCAUCGCUUAGCCCCACUACCUCUUCGACCAUGUUGGUGACGCCCUCGUUCUUCGGACCGCAGCGAGCCGUGUCUCGGCGUUGUAUUGCUGUGUGUCGACGCCUUGCCGCGCGGUUUUUCGGCCUCACCCCCGCGACAUGCCUGGGUCGCGCGAGAGAUGACGGUCACCCGCACAAACGGCUGGUCCAACGGAAGGAAUGGUCAAUGCGCCAUUUUUGUGAAGCCUCUUUCGUGGCUCGGUGCCUCUCUUCUUUGUGGGUCUUUGGGUCGGAGCUAGCCCCACUCAUCUGGGACUUGUAGAGUAGCCGCAGGCAUAGUGCGCAGACCAUUGCUUGCACAUACUCUUAGUCAAAACGUGAGUAGGCGCAAGCGGCUCUCGGGUUGUGAG